AUGGCAGGUGUAGGUUCGCUCAACGAAGAAGCGUUGAAAAGAAAAGAACGUCUAAAGGCGCUACGAGAGAAGCACGUCGAGCAGACAGAUAAUAAUGUGAACGAAGAAAAAGAAAGAUUACCUAGGCCAAUGUUCAGGAGUUAUAAACCAGAAAGUGACAGCCUCAAAGACAGUGCCAAGCAGGCAGCAAAACCAAUAGAUGUGAAGGAGUCGAUUAAAGAUCAGAUAGAAGCAGGAAAGACGGAUCACAUUGUAUCAGAAGUGGAUUUAAGCACGCUUGCACCACGGAAGCCUGACUGGGAUUUGAAGAGGGACAUUAGUAAGAAACUUGAGAAAUUAGAGCGUCGGACACAGCGGGCAAUAGCAGAAUUGAUUAGAGAGAGAUUGAAAGCCAACCAGGAAGACUUGGCAUCAGUGGUUAUGGGAGAACAGACUUGCAGAACAGAUAUUCCAGAUGAUGACUAA